ACAUGGCUGAUUUUGGAGAGAUCCUGAGGAGCAUUGGAGAGUUUGAGUUAUUCCAGCAGCUCACUCUGAUUGCACUUUGCUUUCCCAAUGUUGGUCAAUCUUUUAUUUUAGCAAGUUUUCUUUUUAUUCAGUCAGAUCCAGAGCGACACUGUAACACAGACUGGAUCCUACAGGCUGACUCUAACCUGACCACAGAUGAGCAGCUGAACCUGACUCUGCCCCGGGAGGACGAUGGGACCUUCAGCAGGUGUCAGAUGUUUGUCCCUGUGGACUGGGACAUUGGUGCCAUCAGGGAGUACGGACUCAAUGAGACCACGGCGUGCCAGAAUGGAUGGGUGUACUAUAACAUGCUGUAUGAAGCCACCAUCAUCACUGAUUUUGAUCUAGUUUGUGACAGGGCUAACUUGGUUCAAGUGAUACAAGCAGUGCUCUUGGCCGGUAUUCUUUUUGGUUCCCUGAUAUUUGGACCUUUUGCUGAAUCGUUUGGUCGCAGACGAGCAACUCAAAUUCCAGCAAUUAUAAUGUUCAUAUUUACUAUAACAACAGCGCUAUGCCCCAAUGUCUACUUAUAUUUAGUAUCCCAGCUCUUGGUGGGAUUUGGAGCUGGAGGAUAUCGAGUCAACUGUAUUAUACUGUCCACUGAAUGGAUCGGGAUGUCCAAACGAUCAUGGGGAGCAUGUGUGACUCAGCUUUUUGGUGCAGUUGGACAGUGCAUCCUCGCUGGUGUGAUCUACGCCAUCAGAGACUGGAGACUGGCUCAACUAAUCAUAGCUUCUCCGCUUGCAGUGGUGGUUAUCUACAUAUGGUUUAUUCCAGAGUCAGCCAGAUGGUUGUUAAGCAGAGGAAGGACAGAAGAGGCUAAACAGCUGAUCGUCAAGGCAGCAGCCGUCAACAAACGCACUGUUCCAGACUCUCUGUUGGAAAAGAUUGCGGUGAAAGACACUGUGAACCAAGGAGGCAUAAAAAUUAUUUUCAGAUCCCCUCUACUCACCAGAUAUUUCUUCAUUGUAUUACUGGCAUGGUUUUCAUUGAAUCUUUCCUACUACUGCCUGUACUUGAAUAUGGGAAACUUUGGCUUGAGCAUCUUCAUGACACAGCUCUUGUUUGGUGCUAUUGAAAUACCAGCUAUUUUACUCUCCAUGUGGUUGUUGGAGGUGUUUGGAAGAAGGAUAUUAUUAAUGUCAACACUUCUGACUGGAGGACUCUGUUGCAUACUCAUCCUAGCUGUUCCCCAAGGUUAUGCCAUUGCCAUUUUAACUUUAGUUGUUGCAGCACGUUUUUUUCUGAUCUGGGCUGGUUCCAUAUGUGGUGUCUUUAUGCAGGAGUUGUUUCCAACAUCUGUUAGACAAACAGCCACAGCUUUAGGAGCUAUGUCAGGAAGAGCAGGCGGAUUAGUGGCUCCACUGCUCAACAUGUUGGCCACAUACCACUGGGUCAUACCCACCAUAGUCUUCAGCAUCCUUACACUGGUCAGUGGAGCUCUCGGCUUCCUGCUUCCUGAGACCAGGAGAAAAGAACUUCCUGAGUCAGCUGAUGAGGCAGAAACCAACAGAAAUGUUACAGCCACAAGAAGAGCAAGAUUUCCAUAUCAGGAAUCAACCAAGUUGUAGACAUGUGUCUGAUAGUUUAUUCUUUGAAAAAUGCCUAAUUAGUCAUCACUUACUAUACAUCAGUGUUCCCAACCUGGAAGGUGGGACCCCAGGAAAAAUCUGUGGGGAAAAAUAUGUUUUACAAAAUUGUGUUGUUGUUGGGGCUUUUUUUUAAUCUUGAAUUUUGCAGCUUUUUUCCCUUCAAAAUAAAGAUAUUUGCACCCCAA